UCGGAACAAGAUGGCGGCGGCGGCGGGGUCCGAGGGGCGCGAGCGGCGGCCUCCGGGGCGAGUGUGAGGAGGGGUCCCGGGGUCCCGGGUGUCUCCGGGCCGGGGCCCCGCCGCGGAGCGGACCAUGCUACGAUCUACCGGCUUCUUCCGCUCCAUCGACUGCCCAUACUGGACGGGAGCUCCCGGGGGGCCUUGCCGGCGGCCGUACUGCCACUUCCGGCACCGCGGAGCCCGCGGCCCCGGCGCCCCGGGCGGCGGCGGCAUCGCGGCGUCUCCUGCAGCAGGGCUUGGUUAUGACCCAUACAACCCAGAGCUGCCUCAGCCCCCCGCACAGAGGGAGAAUGGCACUCUGGGCCAAGGUGACGGCAUGCUGGAGCUGGAGCUGGUCAACCAGGCCAUCGAGGCUGUGCGAGGAGAGGUGGAGCUGGAGCAGAGGCGCUACCAGGAGCUCCUGGAGACGGCGCGGGGACACGGUGCCGGGGCUUCUGCCCUGGCGCCCUGCAGUCCCCCCACAGGCCUGGAUGACGAUGACACCUUCUCCCUGGCUCUCACCUAUACACCAGCUGGCCUCCUAAGCCCAGACUCGGGCUACCAGCCCACCCCCCUGACUGCCCCUGAUGAACCAGGUCACAAGUACUCACUGGCCCCUUCAGAGAGGGGCCAGGGCAGAGCUGGAGGGGGCACCAGUGCCCUGGAGUAUGUCCCCAAGGCUGUGGGACAGCCACGCCACUAUGGCCGUCCCGUGUCUGGCGGCAAGUACGUGGUGGACAGUUCAAAGCCAUCAACAGAUCUGGAGUAUGACCCUCUGUCCAACUACUCAGCCCGGCAUCUCGGCAGGACCAGUGCCAGAGAUGAGAGGGCCACCAAGCGGCCAAGAGGCUCCCGGGGUGCUGAACCCUACACACCUGCCAUCAAGAAGCCCUGUGACCCCUUCAGCGGCUGUGAGGCCAGAUUCUCAGACUCAGAAGAUGAUGUGGCCAGCCCGCCAAAGGCUGAUAGCGGCAGCCCCAAGGCUGGGGCAGACCCUGAAAGCAAGGCACCUGGGAACCCUGCCUCCAAGGACGGCCCGAAGGGCGAGGAGGGCAGUCUGCGGGGCACCAAGGAGAUGGCCGUGCAGUAUGACGUGGGAGACCUCGGGCAGCCUCCCAGAGCAGCGGACACGGUGGCCUUGAGCAAGCCUGGCUCCCCAGCCAGGGCCUCUCAAGAUGCUGGGGUCCCCAAGGAUGGCAAAGCCAAGAAGAAGAAAAGUGGGACACCGGCCAGCCUCAGCCACAAAGACAAGACCCGCAAAAGAGACACGAAGAAAGACAAGGACCCAGGAUGCCCCCGGGAGAAAGAAAAGGCGUGUGCAGACAGGAAGAGGUCACAGACUGGCACCCCCCCAGGCAAGGCCCAGGGCCCUGAAGGGACCAAGAAAAAGCCAUCUAACACCGCCAUGGUGGCCAGCUCGGGGAAAGGAGGACGGGGCUGCCCCUCCAGUGGAAGGCCCCGGCCUCAAGACUCUGGGCCUAGUCCCCACACACCACUGGCCUGGAAAGCUGGGAGUGCUAGGAAGACACCAUCGGGGAAGUUGGUGGCACGCAAGGCCCGCUCCCUGGACGAGGGUGCCCUGCAGGACGCCCCUAAGCUCAAGAAGCGGGCCCUGAGCCACGCUGAAUUGUUUGGGGAUGAGAGCGAGGAUGAUGACUCUGGCCUAGGGGGCAGGGCACCCCGGGUCUGGCCUCCAACCCUGCCCACCCUGAGCUCAGACUCUGACUCUGACUCGGACUCCAGUCUGGGCCUGGGUGAGACGCAGGUGCCCAAGCGUCUCAAGGCCGCGCCACCCGCAUCCCCCACACCACCCUCCCCCUUGUCCUCCUCCUCCUCGGGAACCAGCCAGUGUGCAGAGGAGGGUGUGGGCUACUCGGCCCUGGAGAAGGAGGUCGACUUCGAUGCGGACCCCAUGGAAGAGUGCCUGCGGAUCUUCAAUGAGUCCACCAGCGUGAAGACGGAGGACAAGGGCCGGCUGGCCCGGCAGCCCCCCAAGGAGAAGGCUGAGGAGAAGUCGCAUGCGGGCCUGACCACUUUGUUCCCGGGACAGAAGAGGAGGGUCUCACACCUCUGCAAGUCAAGCAAGGAGGCAGAGACCCCAAAGAGGGCUCCUGUGGCUCCCCCAGUGCGGCCCCCGACCGCUCAGGAGGUGUGUUACCGGCGAGCACAGCAGGCACAGAGGGACUCUGCCAGCUGGCUGCAGGCUGCCCCAAGGCCAACGGACAGGCUUUCCUCUGUGCAUAUCUCGGCCCCUGGAGAGAAGAGGAGGAUUGCUCACGUACCCAACCCUCGCCUGGCCACCGCCCCCACAGGUGCCAAGAGGGCGCUCCCUGCCAGCAGCAGCCAGGUGUCCCACGGGCCAGAACCUGGCAGCCAGCCACUGAAGACACGCACGUUGUCAGGGAUGGCAUCUAAGACCACCACCACUGUCACGCCCAAACGCAUCGCCCACAGCCCGUCACUCCAGAGUCUAAAGAAGCCCAUUAUCCCAAAAGAAUUUGGCGGCAAAGUCCCCACUGUGGUCCGCCAGCGCUAUCUCAACCUGUUCAUCGAGGAGUGUCUCAAGUUCUGCUCAUCCAACCAGGAGGCCAUUGAGAAGGCACUGAACGAGGAAAAGGUGGCGUAUGAGCGCAGCCCCAGCAAGAACAUAUACCUGAAUGUGGCUGUGAACACCCUUAAGAAGCUGAGGGGCCUGGUCCCCAACACCGUGCCCAGCCUCAGCAAAGCCAGUGGCCGCAGGGUUGUGUCCCACGAGGUGGUGCUGGGGGGCAAAUUGGCAGCCAAAACCAGCUUCUCACUGAGCCGCCCCAGCAGCCCACGGGUGGAGGAGCUGAGAGGGAACGCCCUGUACAGCCGUCUCAGGGAGUACCUGCUCACUCAGGAGCAGCUCAAGGAGAAUGGCUACCCCUUCCCCCACCCAGAGCGCCCAGGGGGCGCCGUCAUCUUCACAGCUGAGGAGAAGAAGGCCAAGGACCCCUCCUGCAGAAUUUGCUGUCGCUGUGGCACUGAGUACCUUGUAUCCUCCUCGGGCCGCUGUGUGCGCAGUGAGGAGUGUUACUACCACUGGGGACGGCUGCGGCGGAACCGAGUGGCUGGGGGCUGGGAGACCCAGUACAUGUGCUGCUCUGCUGCGGUUGGCUCUGCGGGCUGUCAGGUCGCCAAGCAACACGUGCAGGAUGGCCGGAAGGAGAACCUGGAAGGCUUUGUGCGCACCUUCCAGAAGGAGCUACCAGAAGAUUCCCACGCAGGCGUUUUUGCCCUCGACUGUGAGAUGUCCUACACUACAUAUGGCCUGGAGCUGACCCGAGUCACAGUCGUGGACACAGACAUGCAGGUCGUGUACGACACCUUUGUCAAGCCUGACAAUGAAGUUGUCGACUACAACACCAGGUUCUCGGGGGUGACGGAGGCCGACCUCGUGGACACGAGUAUCACACUGCGGGACGUGCAGGCCGUCCUACUGAGCAUGUUCAGUGCUGACACCAUCCUCAUCGGACACAGCCUGGAGAGUGAUCUACUGGCCCUCAAGGUUAUCCAUAGCACGGUGGUAGACACGUCAGUGCUGUUCCCACACCGCCUAGGCCUGCCCUACAAGCGCUCCCUGCGGAACCUCAUGGCCGACUACCUCAGACAGAUCAUCCAAGACAAUGUGGACGGGCACAGCUCCAGUGAGGACGCCAGCGCCUGCAUGCACCUUGUCAUCUGGAAGAUCCGGGAAGACGCCAAGACCAAGCGAUGACUCCCCACCCACCACCACUACCAUAGCAACCCCUUCCUACAGCCCUGGCUGCCCUUAGCCCUGAUGCCCUCGGCCUCUUUUCAAACUGUAAUAAAACAUGACAGCUGACCAUGCGCCUCCCGGGCUUGGGCUACAGAUCUGGUGGCCUGAGCUGGGGCUGAGACCACCCCCUGGAGCCCGCUGCUGCCCGGGUAGAGCUGGCCUGCUCCCUGUGCCCACAGCCCGCCCUACCUUCCGCUCCUUUGUACAUAAUGCAGGCAACAGGACAAGCCCUCAUGGUUUGAGACGGGUUGUCUUUUUUUACUUUAUACUGUUAUUUGUAUUAAUUUUUAAUUUAAACCUGCUGACCUGCACAGCCCCUCUGCAGAGGGGUCCAUUCCCUGGUGCCAUUGGGAUCGAAGGGCCUGGAUGUCUGCCCUGCCUUGUGGGGUGGCUUCCAGAACUCAUCCCAACCACCAGGACUCACCAACCUCAGAGCCAAGCCAGCCCCAAGGUCUGGCCUUCCAGGCCUCUGGGCCAUCUUCCUGGGGUCUGCUGCCUCUGUCUGUGGGUAGAAACAGAAUAAAUGUUUAUAUGGACUUUA